ACUAAACGCCUAACAUAAGUUAAUGUGAAACUUUAAUUGCUCCUAAUCUGCAAUUAAUAAGUAAGGUACUUUUGUGGAGACAAAAAAUUGUUGUAAAAAAAUUGUUGUUUUACACGAUUUGACUGAAUUUGAUUGGACUUGGUUAUGGCAAACGGCGACGUAUCAGUAGGUAGGUAUUCAAGUUUGUAACGGCUGGUUCUUUAGUUUACUUCAUCAUAGUUGUUUUUCUCGCCGAUGCUCUCUCUCAUUUAGAAGAAAAGAAAAAUACCUAAUUUUGUUUUUUUUUAGUCUCUAUCCAAUUCUUCUCUGUAUAAGGAAAUACGAUAUAAUGAGUUCAAAAUUCGCUGGUCAAAGCUAUGCCAACACGUGGAGUUAAUUUCUAGCCUCACUGAGACAACAACACUUUUAUCUUCUUGUCCAAACCAAAUUAGAGGAUGUUAUUUUCGAAGGCGACAUUUUUCGAUCAGUUCGAGAGUUACAGAUAUAGAUAUGGCUAAGACCAGAAACGGAGAGGCUAAGCAAACAAUCCUCUUGCCUGACUUGUGGGUCACUCAUUAUCAAAUCAGUAGAAGCGGUCGACCUAUUAAUUCGUACUACUUGAAUGUAAGAACAAGACAAAAGUUUUACUCUAAAACAACAUUCUACAGACACUUCCGUAGAAAAGCAGCUCAGUCACAUGAUUACGUGAAGAGCGAAAUCUGGCUCAACAGAGAAACAGCUGAGGAAGAGAAGUACCAAGUGUGUUCAAGGUGCAAAGAGAUUGGACAUAACUGCACUACUUGUCCUUAUCCAGUUAUCUACAAGACUGUAAAACCCUUAUGCAGGAACGAGGAUUCAUAGGUGCAGUCGAUGUCACUACCUCGGCCACAACGUACGUACAUGUCCUCGAGCCGUCCCCAACUAGUUAUUUUCAACGAACAAAUUAAACGCUUGAAAUCACUAGCUAUUUAUGUUUGUUUUUUCAAUGUAUUUAUCUAAUAAAAAAAGCUUACUUGUUAUUGUUAAUUAGCUUUUCAAAAAUUAUGUUGCUGUUGUGAUCCCUUUGUUCGUGGUACAGCCAAGAUUGAUUUAAAAUCCCUUUCAAUAUGUUUUCAUAGACAA